AAUAACCAGGACAGUUCCAACUAGCUAGCUAAAUAAGUUUUGAAAGACAGACUUUGUUAUUUUAUACAAUUUUCACUUAGCUGACAAGCUAGUAUAUUAUCUAUUAAGUGUUUUUGACGUCACCAAAAGUCACCUCAGUAUCGCCUGAACCGUCGUUUCUGUUGUCAGAUUUGCACAGGUUUGCUAACACUAGCUAGUUUACCAGUAUGGAUGUCUUACGUCCUCCUCUUAUAAAUAUAAAUGGAAGAAUAUACCGCAGGAAUAUAAUUAAGGAAGAGCAUUAUGAGGAAGAGGAAGAGUUUUCUUACAUGGGACCACCAGAUGAUGAAGAGCUUGGAGAAGAUGAAACCUGUGAUACCCACUUAAUUGAACAAAGUGAUAAAGGAUAUCGCUGUGCCAUCGAUGUCCCAAGUGUUCUUUACAAAUACAUCAUUGGGAAAAAAGGAGAAACGCGUAAACGUCUGGAGUUUGACACAAAGACGUCUAUUAACAUCCCAAAACAAGGAGUGGAAGGGCAGAUUGUCAUUACAGGUUCCACCAAAACUGCAGUUUCAUCUGCUGUCACUCGGGUGGAGGUCCUUGUUGAGAAUUUCCGGAGGAAGCAGCCCUUCACACACUUUUUGUCAUUCCCUUUAAACGACUCAAAAAUUCAAGAGGGAUUCCUGAGAUUUAAAGAUGAGGUUUUGAAGCAAUGUUCACAGGAUCAUGGAGUAGAGGAAAGCAUAUUUCAGAACCCUGCAAAGCUCCACUUGACCAUCGGCACCUUGGCUCUGUUAAAUGAAAUGGAAGUGAGAAAAGCAUGUGAACAUCUCCAAGAGUGUCAAAACUUCAUCAGAGACAUCACUGAAGGAAAACCUCUCCCACUGGAGGUGACAGGCAUAGAGUACAUGAAUGAUGACCCAGCAGUGGUGGAUGUUUUGUAUGCGAAGGUCAAUGUUCGAGAUGGAUCUGACAGGUUGCAGGUGAUUGCAGACAGACUGGUAGAGCAUUUUGUCUCUGCAGGGCUGAUGGUCCGAGAGUGGGACAGAGUAAAGCUACAUGGUACUGUGAUGAACACUCUGUUCAGAAAAGACUCCACAGUGGAAGAUACGGGCGCAGCAGGACGUCAAACCGUCAAUGAAAGAGAGGCUUUUGAUGCCAAAAACAUACUAAAGAAAUUUGAUGCUUAUUGUUUUGGAGAGUUUGAGCUGAAUACUGUCCAGCUGUCCCAGAGAUAUUCAACAGACUGCACUGGAUACUACAGCUCUGCAGGGAGCAUCAGCUUGUCUUGAGCUCAUGCAAGAGUGAGCAUAUACUGAGUGACCACAGUCACCAGAUCUCAGUCCAAUAGAGGACCUCUAGGAUGUGAUGGAAAGGAAGAUUGGCAUCAAGUAUAUGCAGUCUGUAUCACCUGCCUGAUGCUGUCAAGUCAAUGUGGACCAUAAUCUUUGGGGAAUGUUUCCAGCAGCACAGUAACAAUUUCAUCUAAAUAUUUGGCUUAAACCAUUUACAAUCUUUGCAUCUUGUUCAUGUUUACACUUUACACAGCAUCCCAAUAGAUUCAAAUGCAGAUCUUCUGCCAAACUGGCUUCUAUAGCUGUCCAAACACUGGUUGAAUUUCAUGCUGCUCUAAUCUCUUGCUUGCAGUACUCUAGGUCAUAGCCAUGAUUUACACCUUUCCUUUCAUCCUUUCAACGCACUGCCUCAUGAAAGUAUGAAUGCAUCACCGAUAUGAUCUUUCAGACCUUUUUUUCUCCUCCAGCUUUUUUUUUUCCAUCAUUUUUCUUUAAAUCUUUGCCUUUCCCACAUGAACCUUGUCUUCACUCCCGACUGUCAACAGUGUCAGUGAAUACAGACACUUGCUUUUGCCGUCACAGCUUUUUUUUUUAUUUUCGCUUUCCCCUCAGCUGGCAAUGCUCUCUGUUUGGAAUGCAGGAGGGUGAUUGCCAGGCAGCCAAAAGUUACACUGAUAAAAACAAAGGGGUCUUUUUGUUUGUCAGCUUUGCAACCCUGUCCUAUCCACCCUCCCAUCCCAGCAGUGGCAUGAUUUUCUUUUCUUCUCUUUUUUCUUGAAGCUGCUUGCACAGAUUCCCAUGCAGAUUUUGUUAUUGGAUAUAGACUAGCCAGCUGAGCUGCCCAUACCCUAACUAUUUCAUUGUCUUGGAGUGGAAUCUUUUCCGACCUAGGACCUGGGACCUAAUUAAUCAUGCCCAGAGCUCUUGACAGCAUGCUUUUUAGUGGGUCAGGAUUGCAUCCAACGUAAAAGCACUCCAGCUAAUAACAGAAUUCUGACACUUGCCAAUACUAUUGCUCCUAAGCACAAAAAGAAAGCAUCACAAGGCAAUUGAAAUUUGAUUGAAUUCAUUGAGACUAUGCCUCUGUUUUUCUUU